AUGGCCACCUCAGCGUUUUGUUAUAGCAUAAAGGAAAUGGAUAAAGACGAAUACUCGUGGUUAGAAAACGACGAGGCGAAGGAUUUCCUAAGAGAUCUUUUUAAUAGGGGAAACGAUUCAAACAUCGAUUAUAAAAUUUUGUGCAAAUCGAUUAAGGAUAUAUACUCGUCAAUAAUAAAAAUACGUGAGGAGAUGACCAACUCAUAUAACACACUGUCAGCAUGCUUGGAUUUGUUGAAAAAAUAUGUAAAUAACAAGCAAAUAAAUGAAAUAAUAAGAAUGAAUGGAGAACAGGAAGAAGGGAAAAAUGAAGUGACAAACGAGUCUGGAGAAGAAAACAAAGAAGAGGAAGGACCGGCAAUAGAAGAAGAAGAAACGCUGUCAAACAGUACGUCAUACACGUUCCCACUGGCUAGUUGCGUAAGGUGCUCAUGCCUGCUCAAGAUAGUGGUCAACCACGCAGUGGCAGGACUGUACAUAGGCAAAAACGGAGCACACCUGAAGAUGCUGCAGACCAAGUACCAGUUUAAGCUCACGCAGUCAGGAAGAGGAGCCAAGGGGGACUUCACAGGAGUAGGGUACCCGUGCCACAGAACUAACACGACGCUGCUCUUCCAGGGGAACCUGGUGGACAUCCUCUACGGACUGCGCCCGCUCUACAAGAUCAUCCAGAGCGACAUCUUGGCGCUGGACGAAAAGUCGAACGAGCUACUGUGCGGAAGGAAGCUCAAGGUCAAGUUUGAGCUUAACCUGGUGGUGCCAGCUGACAGAAAGAGGAUACUCCUGCAGGACACAGGACGCAGGUGUAUGCAGCUGCGCAACGCCUCGGGAGUGGAAAUAAUAGCAGGAAAGCAGAACUUUGAAGUGGGCAACAUCAAGGAGAGCAUCGUGACACUUUUCGGAUUCCAGGAAAACGUGGAGCGCGCAAUGGAGUGGCUGGCGAUAUUUUUGCAGGAGAGCCCCGCAAUCACCUCCGGAGACUACUACUUUAUGGACUACCCAAAGUACACGACCGCGAUACCGGAAAACAACCGCACGUAA